AUGGCCGCAGAAGAUGUUGCUGUCAAAGCUGAAGAUGUUCCAGUAGCUGCUAGCACGAGCAAUGGUGCACCUUUAAGCAUCGAAGAAGCCGAAAAAGAAUGCCAAAAACAAAUUGAAUUCUAUUUCAGUGAUGCAAACCUUCCAACCGAUAAGUUCUUGUUCACUUUAAGCAAAAAAGAUCCAGAAGGAUGGGUACCUUUGGCCACAAUUGCAACUUUCAAACGUAUGAGACCGAUCAAAGAAGUUCUCAGUUUAGAAAAAAUUGCAGAAUUGAUGCGAACAAGUACGUUCUUACAAGUGAACGAAGAAGGUGAUAAGAUCAAACGAACAAAUGAAUUGGUCAGAAAAGAUGAUCAAUUUGAUAGAAGUGCAUACGUAAAAGGAUUUCCGGAAGAAUCUGAAACUUUGCAAAAAGAAAUGGAAGCAUUCUUUGAUCAAUUCGGAAAGAUUAAUAGCGUUCGUAUGCGUCGUGAUCAAAAUUCAAAAGAAAAGAAGAAGCCAUUCAAAGGAAGCGUCUUUGUUGAAUUCGCCAAUGCUGAUGAGCUCAACGCUUUCUUGGAAAAGGGAAAAGAUGACGUUCCAGAAGACCAAAAGAUCAAAUUUGGAGAAGCUGAUUUGAAGAUCAUGAGCAAGCAUGAUUACUGUCAAAUGAAGAUGGCAGAGAAGGGUAUCGACCCUAACUCCAUCCAACGUGGUCUCGGAGGCGGUCAAAGCGGAAAGAAGAAGUUCAACGCAUUCAAAGAGAUGGAUCAGAGACGUAACAAGAGAGAAGAAGCAGAAGAAAGACGUCGCAAAGCCAAAGAAGAUCGUGCAUUGCCUCUUGAAUUUGACUUUAUGGAAACAAAAUUGACCACAAAACCAGAUGGUACAGUUGAUGUUGAACAAUUGCAAUUCCCACAACAAAGUGUAGUCGCAUUCAAAGGAGCAGGCGAAGGCGGAAACUGGAAAGAUUUGAAAGAUACUUUAGUCACUAUGCAUCCUACUUCAUUCGUCGAAUUCCCAACCGGAGCUGUUGAAGGUGCAGUCGGUUUCAAAUCCACUUUGGAUGAUGCCAAAUUUGACGAAAUUGUCGAAAAGAAGAUCACAGUUGGUGGCCAACCCGUUACGUGGUCUCGCGUUGACGAAGACAGAGCAAGACAAUUCUACCUUGAUCGGGCAAACUUCCGUGCAGCAUAUUUGAUCGAUCAACGUGAACUGAAACAAGCAGAGCCAGGUCAAAUCCGUAACCACUUCGGUGGCCAUAGCAGUCGUGGCUUCCGUGGCGGUCGUGGUGGUGGUCGCGGUGGCGGUCGUGGUGGACGUGGAGGCGGUCAUCGUAACGGCGGAGAUCAAAAACGUAAGCGGGAAGGAGAUGGUCCAAGAUCAGAUGGUCCACCUCAAGUUGCUUCUGCUAAAAAGGCAAAGACUGAAGCAUGAUACGUGCACACAAAAAUUGUCGUUUAGACCAAAUCAUGCUCUUUUUCGUCUCUCGUUCAUACACAUGUUACAACAUUUUUUCUCAUUCACUCUGUAAUUUGAUGCUUUUGUCCCGUUUUCUU